AUGAUGCGCCCACACUACCGGUGGAGUGGAGUAAAAGAGCAGCCCACAUUGCAGCUUUGCCCCCGCCACGCAUAAACCUCCACAGCUGACACCGAAAGCACUGGAUCUGGGAAGAAUGGCUCCAAGAUUGCUCGUCGUUCUUCCAGUGGUGCUGCUUGGUUUGGCCUUCCAGGCCAUUCUCCGGCCACCACAUACAAAACGUUGCGGCUCGGUAGGUGGACCUCCGGUGACAUCUCCCAGGAUCAAGCUCAGGGAUGGGAGGUACCUCGCAUACCGGGAAGACGGUGUGCAGAGAGACAAGGCCAAGUACAAGAUCAUCACAGUGCAUGCAUUUGAUAGCACCAAGGACUUCCCCUCGCCUGUUUCCAAGGAGCUCGUGGAAGAACUGGAAAUUUACCUACUUGCAUUUGAUAGAGCAGGGUACGGGGAAAGUGACCCAAACCCCGGUCGGAGUGUCAAAAGUGAAGCCUUGGAUGUAGAGGAGCUCGCCGACCAGCUGGAGCUUGGACAGAAGUUCCAUGUCUUGGGUGUCUCCAUGGGAGGAUACACAGUUUGGGGUUGCCUCCAGUAUAUACCUCACAGGCUCGCAGGAGCCGCGCUAGUUGUACCAGUUAUCAAUUACUGGUGGCCUUCUUUCCCGCCAGAGGUGUCCAGGCAGGCUUUCAAGAAGCUCAUUGUACCAGAGCAGAGGACCCUCUGGAUCGCACACAAUGCACCUUACUUUUUAUACUUGUGGAUGACCCAGAAAUGGCUCCCUUCUUCUGCGGCAGCCAUGCAUCAUCCUGAAAUAUUUAGCGACCAUGAUAUGGAGGUGAUUCAGAAAAUGAUGGCAAUGCCGAGAACCAUUGAGAAUAAAUCAAGGCAGCAAGGAAUUUAUGAAUCAAUCCAUCGAGAUUUACUUGUUGCUUUUGGGAAUUGGGAGUUCGAUCCAAUGAAUAUUACAAAUCCAUUUCCUACAAAUGAGGGUUCUGUACACAUCUGGCAAGGAUAUGAAGAUAGGUUGGUGCUGGUUGAGCUGCAGCGGUACCUUUCAAAGAAGCUUCCAUGGAUCCAGUAUCAUGAAGUCCAAGAAGGUGGACAUAUGUUCAUGCUGGUGGGCGGAUGGACCGAUAAAAUUAUCAAGGCACUCUUGGUAGGAGAAGAGGCAUCACCUAUGUGACUAAAGAUUCAUCUUCGAGCUGCUGCUGGGCAGUGCAGAUGCUACUAACUUUUACCCCCCAAGUUUUAUCCCUUGGGACACCAAAUUUGUCCAAUUCAACAGAUGAUAGAUCAUACUUCACCUGCUCACUUCAAGCUAUUGUUCUCCAGUACAUUGAAAUUACAAUAUGUGAAACCUUGUUGCUUGUUUUUUA